AUGACUUCAUCACAGUAUGAUGCCGUCGUGGCAGCCGUGCGGGGGAAGUUGGAAUCGCUCCCAAGCACUUGCACAGCUUCAGAUUGUCCCCAGGCGGACUGGGCAGGUUGUGUGCUACGGAUGGCAGGACAUGACUUUAUGGACUUCGCCAACGGGCAGGGUGGCUCGGAUGCCUGCACGGACAUGGAGGAUCCAGAGAAUGCGGGCUUGCCCGCGUGCCUGGCCUCCGGCGAGCACGGCAGCUCACUGCAGGAGGUCUAUCAGCAGUUCUGCACUCAGGUCUCCUUGGCUGACUUCCUGGUGAUCGCCGCUGAGGCGGUCAUCGCCUCUACACGUGCCCGAGCUGCGGGCACCGCGUCGCUGGAUUUGCGGAGCAUUUUUCGCUUCGGGCGAAGGACCGCCAGCUCCUGCGACUUCGCCGUAGGCCGGUUGCCGGAUCCAGAGCGGGGCUGCACGGCGGUGGAAGAGACCUUCGUGACGAGGAUGGGCCUCACUUGGACCCAAGCAGCAGCACUCAUGGGUGUGCACACCUUGGGACGUGCGCAGGUGCAGAACUCCGGAUACCAUGGCUGGUGGAGUGAUCCCGAGAAUUCCAGAAAAUUCAACAACAACUACUAUGUCUCCUUGCUUGCCAAGGGCUGGCUUCCAGAGCUUGCCAUUAAUGGGAAUUCCGCCAAAAAUCAGUGGGAGCGAAGCGACAUUGGCAGAGACACCAGCGUUGCCGGACAUGAGAUGAUGUUGAAUACCGACCUUUGUUUGGCAUUCAGUGAAGGUGGCGGCAACGGCGGCCCCGUCCGCGCGCACGAGCACAACUGUUGCGCUUGGCUUUCGGCCCGGACGAUCGACGGCGCGGUCCGCAACAACGGCAACGAGUACUGUGGCGGCAACGUGAUCCGAGGGAUCGUUCAAUUGGAGGAUCGGCCUACCGGCCCAGCCGCAGCGGCCGUGUUGGACUUCGCGGCCGACGAGGCGGCAUGGCUCAGGAGCUUUGCAGGCGCAUCUCCCGAGUACCUCUCAUACGCAUGGAUGUGCGAGGAGGAGUGGAAGUACCAGAUGCCGGAGGUGAGCGUCAGCGGUGGCUUUCUGGCGCAGCGUGCCUUGCCGCAGCCGCUUCCCGCGUGGCCCGCUCCCGAGCCGUUGCCACAGCUGGAGGUGGUCCGGGGGGUGGAAGAGCAGGUGGAUGUGACUAGCAUGCUUGUGCCGCCCAAGGUGCAGGUCGACCCAGACGACACCCCUGAGCGGACGACACCAGUGCUGCAGCCGCCCAAUACACGGAGGAAACCUGCCGUUCCUUUGCCACCUAAGCGUGGCUUGAUUGAAUUACUUCAGCCCGCAGUUCCUCACAUUCGCUUUGAUGAGUGGCUUCGACGCUGGAAUGGCACUUUUGGAUAUGCCAGUGACUGCACCCUGGCUGCACUGCGCCCACUUUACUCCACCCGUUUCUUCUCCGAGAGCUGCUCCGAGAAGAACAAGAUCGCAAUGGACUUCCUUCGUCUUAACCAUGGAGACCCUAUCCAGUACCAAAUUGCAGUGUUGGAGGUGGACGCGACUGAUUUGAUGACGAAGGCUGCCCGGCGGGAUUUCCAGACAUAUGCGAAACAAGUCAAAGAAGGUGAAGAAGAUUCCCAAAUGGAAGCUUCAGCACAGGACAUGGGCAAAGAAAUUCAAGGUAUCGAGGCGAUGACUUUGAUGGGCCUUCCGGUGGAUUCCCUGCUGUUGGAUCGGUACAAAGACAGAGUAAGGGAUUGGGCCGAACUCGCUCCAGACUCCGUCACCUUCAAGAACGCCAUGAGGGUCCGCAAGCUGAAGGACAACGAGAAUGAUCCCAAGCCGGUACCACAUACAUUCAUCUAUGCGACACGAGGGAGUUUGCCCGGGGAAGGUCGUGGAGUGGGCUUGUCUGAGCGUGUGCCCAGGGAUUUGAGGUCUUCAGAUGCAAGAGAAGCUCGCAAGGACUUAUUCUGUCUAGUGAAGCACGAGAUGUCCGAUGAGAAACUGAGCCAAGAACCUUUGUUGGUGUGGCCGGCUGCGCUGCAUCAGCGGUCGAAGCACUUUUUGGGGAUUGCCAACACCACCCAAACUUUGUUGCGUCCUGAGUUCACAGACGAGAGGAGGGCUGAGAUCAGGAAGCUGAUGAUUGCACUUCGGCGGGACUUUCCACAGCUGAAUAGGGCAGCUGCUUGGUAUCAAUCGCUUCUUGAGAGAAAGCCUGAGGAGAACUUGGAACCUUACACUCACCUGAGCUUCCUGGACAACAUCCCCGAUGAAGUCUAUCCUAGCAAUCAGCAGUUCAACAUCCAUUUCUAUGAGUUUCUCCGGAAUGGUUACAAGCCCAGCAUGGGAAGUGUCGACGUUCGCUUUGACCAUGGAGCUGGUGACCGGUCCCUCAAUGUCCACACGGUCAAGUUUGUUGACGGACAGACGAAGGUCUUGAUCAUGCUAGCCAUCGUUGGAUUUUGCUCAGAGCUGGAGCUGACGGAGGCGGACAUUUCGACCUCCCCACUUGCCCAUGUGUUGAGCACCUUCAUCUCAAUCAGGUGCCACUUUGAAUUUUUUGAGAACGAGUCCCACCAUUUUCUCCACAGCCUCAAAUUGGGCUAUGUGACAAGUGAAAAGCUGACGCCUAGCCCCAUUACCAUUGCAGCUGACAUCAACGCUGCAAUUGCUGUCGAGCGCCGGGCAUCACGAUCAUCAUCGAAAGCUGCGUUGAAAGACUUGCUCUCUCGCUGCGUUGCAGACUAUAACAAAAUGACAACGGUCAAGAAACACCGGAUAGAUUCCAGCCGGCGUUCCCUCAUAUACAACCUGCUGUUGGAUAGCGACAUCAGCACCUUGAUGAAGAGCGGUGAGGAGUUUGAAUGGGGGCGUGUCCCAUUUAUCCUUGAAGACCAUGCAGUGAUCCUUUGGUUGAAUUGUCCUGCCCUUGGUGUGAUCAGCGCGGGGCGCAUGAGCUUCAUCCUGAACUACAUAUCGAACGUUCUGAGCGACUUCCCGCUCAACAGUAUUUGCUUUGUGGUGCACCCCAAUCGUGCAGGGCAUACAGAUGGCAGGAGUGGGGGGGUCAGUGUAGUUGGGAGACACGAAGCUGAGGAUGAGGACAUGGAAACCAAAGUCAAAACGAAGGAGGAUGAUGAUGAUGCUGGCUCUGAUGACGAUUCGGACGAUGGCAAAGCAAAACGAGGUGAACAUGACGACUUGGUUCGCAGGGUUCGCUUCAAUCUGGAGAAUGACCUUUCGCUGCCUGAGCGCAAUCUCAAAGUCAAGAACGUGACCUUCGUCUUCGAACCAGAGUCCGUGUACGGAAAGCGAGAGGGAGCUCUUCAAGGGCUCUGUGUCGUGAGCAACAACCCCAAGAAUAUCUUCCGUCAAACGCGCGGCUUCAAGACCGGGGUGGUCCACAGCAUUUCGAUGCUGCAGCGCUCUGAGAUGGUAAAGCCAGACCACGUUGCUGGGGGCACGGACUUCAUCCAAAAGACGCUGCAGAGUUUCUCCGUCCCCUCAGUGGGAGCGAUUGCAAUGAUGGAUUUGCAUGGCUACGAUGGCUGCCCUGCCCUGUCUUGCGUUGAGGACAUUGCCUCUGGCAAAAGAAGCGUGUGCGGGACUAUAUGUCUUGACCACACAGGCGCAGAUAUGCUGCAGAGAGUUGGGAACAAAAUCUAUGAGAGUUGUCGGUCCCAAUCACUCAACCUUCCUGGAUUUCCAGCCUUCGAACCUGUGCUAUCUGCUCUUCGCAGCCAGAAUGUUGUUGAUCGGCACAAAUCCUAUAGAGUUUCAGCUCAACAACAUGACGCCCUCUACAUCUUGGAGGUGUAUGCCAAGAAAUGGCUUGCCACGGAAUCCACCAAGGAGCGAGCCCAGCAAGUCAUCGAAGACCACAACAAAGAGUUCAAUCCCACUGAGAAGACGGAAGAAGCAGAGAUCAAAACAGAGCCACCACCUGCAAAGCGGAUCAAACUCGAGACGAUGACCGAGCAGGACAUAUCCAAGAUGCCCAAGGAAGCGGACGAGGUCUUGGCCAAUGCUGAAGGGAGAUGGUUCUCCUUCACAGUUUCCGCUGCAGAGACUUUCUUUGUUCUGGAGCGGAAGGAUCUCGCCAACCAUUUGGCCAAGCUGGAAUGUGUAGACACCGCAGUGACCCUACAGAGCUUGAUCUGUGAUCUACAGGACGCUGGAGAGGUGAAGCUUGAGCUAUCUCACCACAAAGAGGAAAGCGGAACCUUCACAUCUUCGAAGCCUUUGGUGUUUUGCUUGGACGAGCCGCCCCAGGACAUCAUCUCGGUAUCUAAAAAGAAAGGCAAGAAGGGAGCCAAAGGGACCCAGCUGACCGCCAAGAACUUUGGUUCUUUUCUUUCAGUCUCGAAAUUGAAGACCGCUUCGGACACAGCGUGGAUAGAUCAGGGUUGCACAAAUGAUGAUGGUUCUUUCCCGGGAGGUCCAAAGGCCAGUGGCAGUCAUCAUGCUCUACCUGGCCGCGUUGCAGCCUCUGAGUCAUCAUCUGCCAAUGGUGGGGGUGCUGCACAGGUCAUGAAAAAACCAUCCAAAUCAGCCAAACGAAAAGCCAACCAGAAUAAGGAUGAUCAAGAGGAAGGGGAAUCUGAGCCUGAGCCACUGGGGGGUCAUGAUGAUGAUCAGGAUGACAAUGGUUCUGAUGGCGAUGGUGGUAGUAGGGGAGAUGAUCAUGUCCCAAAGGACUUGAAAUCCUCGAAAUCCUACAAGAAACCUGCUACAGCUUCCAAAGCUGCAGCGAAGAGAAAGCCAUCUACCCGCAGUAAGAAGAAGGCAAAGGACUGA